AUGUCAUUGAUAGAAGUCAGUGGUAUUGAUCGAGAUCGUAUUGUUGAUGAACAUCUUGUACCAGAUGAAUAUUUUUGUCCUAUUUGUCAAUAUCUUCUAUGGAAACCACGUUCAUGUUCAUCUUGUCAACAUUUAUUUUGUGAAAAAUGUAUUCAAAUAUGGAUUGGUAAUGUCAAUAGUGUUAAUCGAUGUCCAUUUCGAUGUGAACCAUUUGAAGAUCGACGAUGUCCACCCUAUGUUCAAUCCAUGUUAAAUCGUAUCAAUAUUCAUUGUCGAAAUUCUUCAUUUGGUUGUGAUAAAAUUUUAUCUUAUAAUUUAUUGGAACAACAUGAAAAUACUGAAUGUGAACAUCUUACUCAACAAUGUUUCGAUUGUCAAAAAUUAGUACUUGUAUCGAAAUUGAACGAACAUCAAAAAAUACCUGGAUUAUGUAUUCCAUAUCCAAUUAAAUGUACUAUUUGUCAAAAUUACAUUAGUAAAUCUCUUUUCCGAGAUCAUUUUCAUCAAUGUUGUCAAAUGAAAACCGAUCAGUUGAUGGAUCAAAGAUAUCAAGAUGAAAUUUUACAAACAAGAACACAUGAUCAAUUGCAACCACCAAUUAAUGGAAUGGAAUUGAUACAAAAUAGGAUUGAUACCAUUCAAAUGUAUGAACAUCAAAGGCACAUGUCACGAUUACCGACAACUUUAAAAGGUGUCGAUGAAGUUAGACAAACUGUUAUUGAUGAUGCACAAAUCUUGACUAUUUGA